AAGCAGUGAUAUCAACACAGAGCACGCGGGCGGCGGGUAUUUAGGCUCAAUGAGCCCAUGUCGGGGCAGAGCCUGAGGCAAGGGGUUAGCAGGACCCUCCCGGUCUGGGAGGAGGCAGCUCAGAAGAGACGCUGCCCUGGGGACAGAGCUGCGGGUGGGGCUCAAGAGCUGCUGGGGGCGGCUGAAGGUGAUGCUCAAGAUGGCCAAAUCUGAACCUCGGGAAAGAAACUAUGACAACAUGGUAAAAAUGCUGGAGGACUUAAACAGAGAUUUAGAAAAACUUCUGGAAGAAAUGGAGAAACUAUCAGUGCAGGCAACCUGGAUGGCAUAUGAUAUGGUGGUAAUGCGAACCAACCCAGACUUGGCCAACUCCAUGAGGCGACUGGAAGAUGCGUUCCUGAACUGCAAAGAAGAGAUGGAAAAGAACUGGCAAGAGAUGCUGAAGGAAACUAAAGGCACUGAACAAAAACAGGAAUAAACAGUCCUCAUAUCUGUCGGUGAAAGUGCAACAGGAGAUCAUUUCAGACUCAUUUUUUUCAGUCAUAAAAUAUCUACAGAUGCCUUACAAAUGGAUUAUCUUCUAGUUUAUUAGGCAUUAUUGUUGUGACUAUAUAUACACAAAUGUGUUC